AACUGUCAAUCUCCCUGUUAAUUCCUCUUAUUACAUGUUUCUUGAGGGAUAUGAGCAUCCUCAAAUCAGUUUAGUUAUGAACCAAUGCUAAAUCUUUUUAAGAAAAAUAUGACAUUUACAAUAACCUGAGAAAAUUUAAUAUAUUUUUCUUUCAGAUGUUGAGCCAUAGUCAAUGAAAGGAGCAAAUUUCUUUCAUAGUCACUGGGUCAACUUGCUAUAUUCUAUAGUAUAAUGGCUAUUUUCAUUACUAUAGAUUACAAAACAAUAUACAUAAAACUAUGCGAAGCGUUUCUUCCAUGUUUGGUUUGGUCUCCCUGCAGUCUGCAGGCCCUGCGAUUCAGCCAUUUUCUUACAAGCAGUGUUUUUCUUAUAUGGGGUUGUGAGGAGCCUGAAGAUAUAAAGAAGAAAAGGAAGAAGACAGUAGCAAGUCUGAUCAUGAAAGAAGACGAAACUGAUCAUUUAUGGCGGAUUGUAUUGUUCAUGUUCUUAAUCUUGAUUACAGGUUCAGUAGUAGUGUCUGGAGAUUCGCUUGACACGGAUAGACAAGUCCUUCUUGGCUUGAAAUCAUUCCUCGAAGAACGAAACCACGUAAACAGAGGACAGUACUCUCAGUGGAACCAGCAGAGCUCAAAUCCCUGCAACUGGUCUGGAAUCCUAUGCACACUUGAUGGCUCAAGAGUUAGAGGCAUUAACUUAGCUGCCAAUAACAUCUCUGGAGAUUUGUAUGGCAACUUCUCUUCCCUGACGGCCCUCACUUACCUCGAUCUUUCUCAAAACACUUUCGGUGGUGCUGUUCCUGGUGACUUGAGCAACUGUCAGAAUCUUGUUUAUCUUAACCUCUCACAUAACAUCCUUGAGGGUGAGCUCAACCUGACUGGCUUGACCAAAUUGGAGACUCUUGAUUUGUCUACGAAUAGGAUUUUUGGUGGAAUUCAGUUCAGCUUUCCGGGAAUUUGUAACAACUUGAUUGUGGCAAAUGUCUCAGCGAAUAAUUUCAGUGGUGGGAUCGAUAAUUUCUUUGAUGGCUGCUUGAAGUUGCAGUAUCUUGAUCUAAGCUCCAACUUUUUCAGUGGAGCAAUAUGGAAAGGUUUUUCAAGGCUGAAGGAGUUUUCUGUGUCUGAGAAUUAUCUCAGCGGAGAAGUUUCAGGGUCAUUCUUUGCUGAGAAUAAUUGUAGCCUGCAAGUGUUGGACUUAUCAGGAAACAAUUUCAUUGGCAAGGUACCAAGCGAGGUAUCAAAUUGCAGGAAUUUGUCUAUUUUGAAUCUGUGGGGAAACAGUUUCACCGGAGAAAUUCCAUCUGAGAUAGGUUUGAUUUCAAGUCUAGAAGGUUUGUUCUUGGGGAACAACACAUUUUCUCCGACAAUACCAGAGUCUCUUUUGAACUUAGGUAACUUGGCCUUUUUGGAUUUGAGCAGAAAUCAUUUUGGGGGUGACAUACAGCAGAUAUUUGGGAGAUUCACACAGCUGAAGAUUCUGGUGUUACACGGGAAUUCAUAUAUCGACGGCAUAAAUUCUUCAGGCAUUCUCAAACUACCUAAUCUAGUUGGAUUAGAUCUGAGCAACAACAGCUUCACGGGUCCAUUACCUGUUGAAAUCUCUGAAAUGCACAACUUGAAGUUCUUGAUCCUAGCGUAUAAUCAAUUUAACAGCAAUAUACCACAAGAAUAUGGAAAUUUUCGAGGCUUGCAAGCUCUUGAUCUCUCCUUCAACAACCUAAGUGGACAAAUACCUUCUUCUCUUGGAAAGUUGAGGUCACUCUUGUGGUUAAUGCUUGCAAACAACACGUUGACAGGUGAAAUUCCGGCUGAAUUGGGAAGCUGCACUAGUUUGUUGUGGCUGAACCUUGCCAACAACCAGCUCUCUGGGAGUAUUCCGCGUGAAUUGAUGAAGGUAGGAAUGGACCCCUCGCAAACAUUUGAAUCAAACCAGCGGGAUGGAGGCAUCAUCGCUGGCUCAGGUGAGUGUUUGACAAUGAAGAGGUGGAUUCCUGCAGAUUAUCCACCAUUCAGUUUUAUAUAUACAAUUCUAAAUCGGAAGACCUGCAGAAGCAUAUGGGAUAGGUUGAUUAAAGGGGUUGGCCUUUUCCCGGUAUGUGCAGCAGGAUCAACUGUCCGUACACUUCAAAUCUCAGGCUAUCUUCAACUGAGCGGCAACCAGCUUUCUGGAGAGGUCCCUGGAGAUAUUGGUAAGAUGCAUAGUUUCAGUAUGAUACAUUUGGGUUUCAAUAACUUGAGCGGUACGCUCCCUCCACAGAUUGGACAAUUGCCACUGGUAGUCUUAAACCUCACCAAAAAUACCUUCUCCGGUGAAAUUCCAAAUGAAAUUGGGAACGCCGAAUGCAUAAAGAAUCUUGAUUUAUCUUGCAACAACUUCUCUGGCACGUUUCCUGUAAGCUUGAACAACUUGAGUGAGCUUAGCAAGUUUAACAUCUCUUACAAUCCUUUAAUUUCUGGUACAAUCCCAACAACUGGGCAGUUGGCAACAUUUGAGAAAGAUUCCUACCUUGGCGAUCCACUCCUGAAACUUCCCAGCUUUAUCAACAAUUCCAUGGGUUCCCCGCCAAAUCAAUAUCCAAAAAUCGAGAAGAAAGAGCCUAAAAAGUGGGUUGCAGUUCUGGUGCUGUUAACAAUGACUGUGGCAUUAUUAAUUUGCGGACUUGCUUCACUUGUAGUUUGCAUGCUGGUGAAAAGUCCAGCAGAGUCACCAGGAUACCUCUUAGACGAUACCAAACACCUCCGGCAUGACUUUGCAUCAAGUUCAUGGAGUUCAUCUCCAUGGUCGUCAGAUACAGUUAAGGUCAUACGUUUGGACAGAACAGCAUUCACUCAUGCUGACAUCUUGAAGGCAACAGGCAAUUUUACAGAAAGCAGAAUCAUUGGGAAGGGAGGUUUUGGAACAGUGUACAGAGGAGUAUUGCCUGAUGGAAGAGAAGUGGCAGUUAAGAAGCUACAGAGAGAAGGAAUUGAAGGUGAAAAGGAAUUUCGAGCUGAAAUGGAAGUUCUAACUGGAAAUGGCUUCGGCUGGCCUCAUCCAAACCUAGUAACACUUUAUGGGUGGUGCCUUGAUGGUACAGAGAAAAUAUUGGUGUAUGAGUACAUGGAGGGUGGAAGCUUGGAGGAUCUUAUAUCAGAUAGGACGAGGCUAACAUGGAGGAGACGUAUUGACAUAGCAAUUGAUGUGGCACGCGCAUUAGUAUUUCUUCACCAUGAGUGCUACCCUGCGAUUGUGCACCGUGAUGUCAAGGCUAGCAAUGUCCUGCUAGAUAAAGAUGGCAAGGCACGAGUCACUGACUUUGGUCUUGCUAGAUUUGUUGAUGUCGGGGAUAGCCAUGUGAGCACAAUGGUGGCUGGCACCGUUGGGUAUGUUGCGCCGGAAUACGGACAAACUUUCCACGCGACUACCAAAGGCGAUGUGUACAGUUUUGGGGUACUGUCAAUGGAACUGGCAACAGGGAGGCGAGCUGUGGAUGGAGGAGAAGAGUGCCUAUUGGAAUGGGCUAGAAGGGUGAUGGGAAGCGGCAGACAUGGAUUAAGUAGAGCUAGGAUACCAGUAGUGCUUCUGGGCUCAGGGUUGGCUGAGGGAGCAGAGGAGAUGUGUGACCUACUAAGGAUUGGAAUAGGAUGCACGGCAGAGGCACCACAAUGGAGACCAAACAUGAAGGAGGUGCUAGCUAUGCUAAUAAAACUAUCAUGCUGAUUUUCAUUCCUUCCUCGUGCUGAUUUUCAAGAUUAGAUGACGAUCAUGAGUGGUUAGUUGCCCUCAUAAGUUGUCCAUAUACAAGUCUAGCUACGCUACUCUAACAACAUCACAGGAAAACACACUGCACAGAUUCUGAUUGUACACCAAAACAUUCUUCAUUUUGUUGAGAGUUGAAAAUUCACUCAUGAGCAACGCUCUGAACCACAACUUCUACUUUCUUCCAAGUUCGUUCGGGAUAUUUUCCAUUUCUCUUCGUAUAUUUGGGACAGCUGCUGUUCAAAUAUUGUAAGAAAAACUUAAAAUCAAACCAAACCAAUGACUUUCCCUC